AUGACCAGGGCAAUUACCACUACAUCAGAAGAACCAAUUACCACUACAUCAGAAGAACCAAUUACCACUACAUCAGAAGAACCAAUUACCAGUACACCAAAAGAACCAAUUUCCACUACACCAGAAGAACCAAAUACCACUCAUCAAGAUGAACCUUUAGAUCUCUACAUGAAAUUGAAACCAGCAAUUGAUAGGGACAAAAAAGCUGAUAUAUUGGUGAAAGUGGUGUCACAUGUAUGUGUGUUGGGUGUUACCAUAAAGAAAAUUACCAUUCCUGCCAUUUCACAGCUAUAUAAUUUUGAGUAUGGUAUUGAUGGCCUUAGAAUGUGGAGAGCAUUUGAAAUUGGUUCAGGUGAUCGAAGUAGACUAAAGGUAGAUGCAGUACCAUCAGUGUUUAGCUUUCGUCCCAAAAUAAAUAUUGUAAGCCCUAGAGCUUUAAGAAUGCAAUCUAGAAAAGCCAUGAGUGUGGACACAGCUCUUAACCAAGGAGUACAACAAGAGGUUGAAAUUGAGUCAACACCAAAUAGUACCGAUAUUUCCUUACCUUCAGAGCCUGACAUACAUGUACACAAGGACAUGCAGAUCCAGUGUCCUGCUGCAUAUGAGCUCAAAUAUAAAUGUUCAACCCUUCAUCCAUCUGAUCAGCUUUUUAUAACAUUGAUUAAACUUAGAUGUGCCAAAGAAGAUGUAGAGUUAUCCUUGCUAUUUGAUUUAUCUGUUUCAACCAUUGCUAGGAUUUUUAAUACCUGGAUUAACUUUCUUUAUUUUCAAUUGAAUGAAUUAAAUAUUUGGCCAUCAAGAGACAUUGUUGAUAAGCAUAUGCCAGUAGAUUUUCAUAGAAAAUUUCCAAGGACGAGAGUUAUUCUUGAUGCUACCGAGAUUCCUAUCCAGAAAUCUCAAGACGUUAACAUUCAGAGUGUGACUUGGUCAUCCUACAAGCACAAUAAUACUGUGAAAACUAUGGUCGGGUGUACCCCAAGAGGUGCUAUAUCCUAUAUUUCAGACUGCUAUGGGGGAUCUACCAGUGACAGGCAGAUUAUUGAAGACUCAAGUCUCUUAGAUAAUACCAGGUUUGAAUCUGGGGAUAGUAUAAUGGCGGAUCGAGGCAUAAUGGUUCAAGACCUCUUUGCAAACAACGAUGUGUAUGUUAAUACGCCUACAAUGCUGAAAGGAAAAUCACAACUAGAGCCAGAAGAAAUUGUGAGGGAUAGACGUGUUGCAUCCAAGCGUAUCCAUAUAGAACGUGUUAUAGGAUUAGCCAAACGUUUUAAAAUUCUUAAGUCCGAACUUCCAAACACCAAACUGUCAUUAAGUAACAGAAUUGUAUUUGUUUGUUUUGCAUUGACAAAUUUCAAGAAUGCAAUUGUUGAUAAAUUUGCCUAG